UCUCGGUAUGCAUGUUCAUUUUCUAUCCUGCGAUCGGUGAAAGCCUCGGAAGCACGUGUGUGCACUCUGGCAAAGCUCCACGUGAUCAAUAACUUUCAAACCGCGAUUCGGAAUCAUCUAGCAUCCAAACGACAUUCCUCCCCACCAAGCCCUAAAGAACAAAGACCCUGUCAAGAUAGUAAAAACACGUCGCACACACGAUAUACACUACACACCAACAUGCGCAUCAAACUUAUGUAGGUACAUAUAUUACAACCCAGCUCAGCUCGCCAUCCAACACCCGCGUGCAUCGCUUACAAGUAUGUAACCAACAAUGUCGCUCUACGCACGUAUAUAUAUAUAAAGGAACUAAAAGCAUGUCAUCGUCGUCCCCCCCUCCCAUUUACCGAUAUGCACGCACGUAUUAGGUAACUAACCCUAGUUCGCAUGCCAUCAUGCAUCGGCGUAUCCGUGGACGAACGCCUUCUCGCGCGCAACAAUAAAAUAACAAGGGUCGUUCGGCUCGGAGUAAGGAGAAUUUAUCCUCAUUUAUUUAUUUUUGUUUACGAUUUUUCCAGCUGUUUGUUACAGAUUGAUGGAAAAGGGUUUGGACUUGGGUUUGAGUUUGUAUUGGAAAUUAUAGAAUUGUUUGUUUGUGGUUAG